UGAACACGUGCCAACGUGCUGUCAACCAUUGCAGCUUGCUGCACGUCGAUAAUCUUAAUAUUUAUGUCAAUCAAACUUUCAUAAUAUUUUUAUUUUUUAGAUACCUGUAACAUCGCCCGAAUUUUUUGCUAAAAUGCAAUAUUUUUCCUGUAUAUUAAUUCAACUAUUCUUAAUAUGUUGGUCAGGAAACAGAAUAACUGUUGCUGCUGAUCACAUUACUUCAUGUUUGUAUGAGUCAAAUUGGUUCAGCUGCAGUGAAAGAUUUAAAAAAUCCAUGUUACUGACUAUGAUUCGUAUGAAACGACCUCUCUAUCUAUCAAUUGGAAAAUUUUCACCCCUUACUCUAUCUACUGUAAUGGUGGUGUGUCGAGGAUCAUUCUCAUAUUUCACAAUGUUUAAGAGUAUUCAGUAGCUUAUUGAUAACUACAGUCUCAAGCACAGUACUU